CUGAAUUCAUUCUCAGAACGCCAUUCAAAAGUGACGCGCUCUCCAAUUUUCAUCAAAUUUUAAAGAAAUUAGGCCAUUUCUUAAAAUAAAACUGCUAAAAUAUGGACGAGAUAAUUGAAGAUUUUAAACGUGAAUUAUUCGGCGAGGAUGCCAAAUUGACCGAAAUUCAACAAAUCCACGUUACCAUUACUCUCUUGGAUGAUCAGUUAAGACGCAAAAAGGGCUACACCGAUGAGCAAAAGUCUAAAAUGCUUGAAAUUUUGUUCGAUCAUGCUGAAGAAUUGGAAACCGAAGUCGACAAAGUCAUGCCUGCUGAAGAUUCUCCAAAUUUCAUCAAAUAUCGCGUGAUAAAAGCCUACACUUUUUAUGUUCGUGGAUAUUUAAGCUGCGGAUCUACGAUUAUUCAUGAAGAUUUGAAGUUUUUGGAACAAGCGAUGGAAAUUUUAAAGCCGAUCAAGUUGACACACGAAGCUCUUUACUACUAUUACUUGGUCUUGCACUGUUUCGCUUCGAUUUACAAAAACACAGAAGAAAAAAACAAAGUUUACGAAUUUUUAAAGGAGCAAGAAGAAACCCUCGAAGCUUUCAAAGAGAAAUUCCCGGAUUGCGUUCAUAAAAAGUACGGAAAUCAAAUUUUGUUCGACACAAUUGUCAAUUUUGACAAAACUUUCACGCAAUUGAUGUACACGUCGAAAGUUGAGAUGUUCGGAUAUUACCAAAAAAUUGCAUGUGACAAGGAAAUGGCUCUCAAAUACGCAUUGGAAGUCGUUUUUGCCUUUGAUACACACAUUAACGGAGAUGCGACAACCUCACAAUCGGUUGUAAAUUUCAUAAGUCUCCUUUACGACGCCUUGCACUUGUUCAUUGCUGAAUUUUGCUUCCCGCAAUUAAAUCACUUUCUCGCCGUAAUCUUUUUUCAACUCGUCAAAUAUCGCCGCACAUUACCGGAAGACAAAAAACACGAAAUUGACGAAGCCAUGGGAGACUUAUCGCAAUUAUACGCAGAUUGGGCUUACGAAAUUGUCGAUUACAGUCUCAAAUGGCGUUAUGACAAGGCAGCUUUCGAGAAAAAGCAUCCAAUUGACCAAAAAGUCGUCAUUUUAGAGAAAUUCGUUGAGCCCGGAGUUGAAGCGUAUGCGAAUCAGUUCCCGUGUGAGCCAAUUGUGUAUCGCGAGGACAUCAUGAAGACCCUGAGAAAGGGAAAGGCAUGGUGUCAACGUGCCAUUGACUUGUAUGAGGUCUGCCCGGAGAAGCAAUCGACUACAAAAAUGCAAAUGGAUGGAUUUAAUUUGGGAUUGAAUUGCUUCAAAACGAUCGAUUUGCCGGAACGUGGCUCGUAAACUUGAUUUUUUUCAUAAAUUAAUACUUUUCAUUACCUUUUUUUGUACUUGACGUACUUGAAUGUUCAAAAAUGUAACUUUUAACGUACGAAUUCUAUGUUUUCCAUAAGAGAAUAAACGAGUUUUUCA